AUGGCACAGUCCGUGUCACCUGAUUUCAAACAAACACUAUCCCAAAGCACAGCACUGGGCUCCAACAAGGUUCCCGGAUGUAUCCUUGCAGCGGUGGACAGAGAUGGCCAAUACAUCCGCCACGAAACCUCCGGUUCCACAACCCUAACUUCUCCCACAACCCCCAUCGACCCCGAGAGCACCUUCUGGAUGGCCUCAUGCGGCAAACUGAUCGGAACAAUCGCCGCCCUACAAUGCGUCGAACGCGGUCAGAUCUCCCUCGACGAUGCCGACGCAAUUGCACAUGUCCUCCCCGAACUCGUGAACCCGCUCGUCUUCACGGAUCCGAAGGGUCCCGACCUGAGUACAGUCCCUGCAUCGCGGCGCAUCACUCUGCGCCAUCUCCUGUCCCAUACGAGCGGCCUGGCGUAUGAUUUCUUCGAGUCCAAGCUGCAGGCGUGGCGGGCGGGGAGGGGCGAGGGCGUUCUGUCGCUCUCGGGGGAUGUGGCGCGCACGCAUAGUGUGCCGCUGAUGUUUGAGCCUGGGAAAGGGUUUGUGUACGGGGGUGGGAUUGACUGGGCCGGCGAGCUGGUCGCGCGCCUAAACAACACAACACUAGAAGCGUACUUACAAAAACACAUCUUCCAGCCACUGGACAUGGCCUCAACUACAUUCCGUCUGCGAAACCACCCGGACAUCAAAAAGCGCAUGUAUCCAAUGUUCGCGCGGCAAGAGGAUGGAGUCCUCAUCCCCUCGCAGGACCCAUGGCCCACCGAACCCAUCGCAGACUGCGCGGGCGCAGGUCUCUACAGCAACGUUCCGGACUUUAUGACACUCCUUGCUGAUCUAAUUCGGGAUGAACCCACCGUUUUGAAGAAGGAAACGGUGGAACGAUACAUGUUCGCGGCACAAUUUGCUGCAGAUUCCGAAUCGCAAAGUGCAAUGGUCGAGUCUAUGGGUAUGAUCUCUGCGAUGACAGGGACGGACCAAAGUAAUUCCGCAACGGGUAUCAAUUGGGGGCUUGGGGGUGUCUUUUUCGAGGAGGAUGUUGGGCAUAUCAAAGCGGGGACGCUGGCUUGGGGAGGACUGCCGAAUGUGAUGUGGUCUGCGAAUCGGGAGUCGGGCGCUGCGACGAUCUUUGCGACGCAGCUUCUGCCGUAUAAUGACGCCGAGUGUUUGGCGCUGGAGAGGGGGUUUAGGGGGGAGGUUUCGCGGAUUAUGGAGCAUAGACGGCAAUAG